CCCAUCCCCUCCACCACGCCAUCAUUCUCCACACACAACAAAUCUCAUUACACAGAGAGACCCUUCUUUCAAACCAUGGAUAGUUUGCUGAUGCAGAUGAGGGCCAAAUAUCCCAGAGCUAGGCCACACAACAGAGAAGAACAAGGCAGUAGCAGGGAAAUAAAUUUGCCUCCCCAAAAGUCCCAAUCUUUCAAAGAGAAGAAAACGGCGGGGAGGUGGCUGAGAGAACAAUUUUCUCGGCAAAUGAGUGGAGAUAAUGAAUUAUCCGAUGACGGAAUAUUAGAGCACGUGGCCGCCGUCGCAGCAGCGGUCUUUGCGGUGCAUUCCGUUAAUGAAGACCAAUCAGAAAUCGCCACACGGAAAAUUAACUCCGACCGCCGUGAUCGUGAAACGUCGUCGUCGGCGAAGAUAAAGUACAUCAAGGACGACGACACUCGCCCCCUCGCUCCACGUCCGGCGCCGGAUCCUUCCAAAGUUUCCCGGCGGCCCUCCAAUAAAGAUCCCGGAGAAGGCUCAGAUGGGAAACAAAAACAGAAACCAACAGAUCAAAAACUAACGGAUCCUUCUUCUUCAUUAUCCAUGAGAAAGACUCCAACUUUUUCAGACAACAAACCAGACAUCAUCUCCGGCAGCAGAAAAUUCUCAGAACCCCAAAAACCAGCAGUACUUCCAACUCCGACUCGGAUUCCGACUUCGAGACCUCCAACUCCGACUCCGACUCCGAGACCUCCAACUCCGCCCAUCUCUCGAAAGCCAUCGAAUUCAACUGGACCACCCGAAACAAAAGAAACUAACCCAUCUAAUCCAACACAAACAAAAGCAGAUUUCUGGGAAAAGGCUGAGAUGGCUAAAAUCAGAAACAAGUCCGAGAAGGUGAACGAGACAAUUUCUUACUGGGAAACCAAGAAGAGGGAGAAAGCCAUGCGCAAAUUGGAAGAAUCACAGGCGGUGGGAGUGAAGAGGAGGAAGAGGGAAAAAGGAAGAAAAAAGUUCGAGGAGGAUAUGGAGUUUAUAAAGCAAAUAGCAGCAGAAGCAAGAGCCAAAGCAGAGGAAAAACGAAGGAACGACACUCUUAAAGUCAAGCAGAAAGCAGAUGUUCUCAGAGAAACAGGGGACCUCCCUGUUACUUGUUAUUGCUGCUGAAACUAAAUUGUGAUUCUUAAUUUCAAUAUUAGUAUUUGUAAAUAUUCCUAUCAUAACUUCGUUGACCAUCAAAGUGUAAUGAUUUGACUGAUUUUUUCUUUUUGAACCUUUUCAUUUUUUGUAUUCAAACUAAUGAUUGCUUUGUGGAAAAAAAUAACCAGUAAUUUCAAGUUGUUUUCAGAUGGGUUCUCUGUUCUUACUCUGUUUUUACUGUGUCUUUAAUCACUUGUUUUUUCUUUGUCAAGAACAAGACAAAAAUCACGAACUGAACAUAUGAAGGGUUAGUAAAACAGAGAAAAUUAACUAGUACAACAUCCAAAUUCAUCAUAGGUUAAGCAGUAAAUGCAAACCUUUAUUUACAGAAUUACACAGAAAGACAUAAAAGAAACACCCAGCUGCGAAAGAAAAAGAGACUAUUUCUUCAAGAAGCCUUCAGCCACCUUCAAAUAAUCCCCAAACCCAGAUCCGCCGUGUUCCCCCUCGCCGGAGUUCUCUUUCUUCGGCGGCUCCUCGGCCUUCGGUGGCUUCGGCUCGGCGUCGGAGCCGUGGGGAGCGGAAUGAGACUUUUCAUACUGAUUGAGAUAGUCCUCGGCCUUGUCUACAUACUUGCCAAGUCCUUUGGUUUCAUCGAAUUUGCCGUAAUCAGAAGCAGCCCCGAGAAGGUCGGCGGCUGCUCCGGCGACCUUGCCCUUGUCGACGGCGUGGCUCUCGCCGCCAAAAGAGGAUUUGGCCGCAUCCGCCACCAGUUUGGCGCUGGACAAGAGAUCGGAAGCCGAUGUCCGGUGGUGCUCCGGGUCCUCCGGCUUGUCGGUGGAGCCACUGAGUUUAGAAAAAAGGUCCAUUCUUGAAGCGAAGACGUAUAAUUCAAUUUGACGGAGAUUUAUGCAGGAAAGUAUUAUAUAGAGCUUGGAGUGGAUAAAUUGUAGAGAAGAAAAUUGAAUGAAUUUUGAUUAUUAAAAAAAAAAAAAA